ACGACCAUACCAGCACCAGAAUCUAAAACUGCAAGCUCCAGCUUCCUAGGCUUCCAAGGGUGCGUGGUUAUAAAUUUCAGCUUGAUUGGGUUUAGCCCCGGGAACCUACAAAGCAUACUCCAAUCUGCUGUUGAACGAAGGCCUCAACUCCCAGUCCAGUUAUCGGGCCUUGGCUAGUCUUGCAAAUAGGUCACCAGUCCAUGUGCCUUGGACGGGAAGCCAACUCCCCGUGAUUGCAAUGGAUUUUUCCCGUUAAUCUAGAGCCUCAAAGAUUGAAAAUUCGGCCUUUGACCCCACAUUCGCAUCGACGACUGACCAACAAUACUGUUGGUCGGUGCUUCUUCUUCUGGGGUCCACUCCGCCCCUGAGCCGCCUUUGCUUCCCCUCGAUCAAAUGCUCUUGCUUUCAUCUAUCUGCGUCCCAUGUCUGUGGAUUUUAUUGGAGUCGUUCUUGUCCACAUGUACUGUGAUUACCACUUAUUGAUAUCUUCGCAAGAUUCCAGAUUGACCGAAAUUAUCCAUUUCCGCUUCGUCGACUUACAUUCCUUCGUCUCUGCCUCCCAGACAACACUUCAUUUGCGGUCAGGAUAACGGGAUCCAGAAUAAGUCGUCUUUCCCUACCGGAGUGAGAAGUCACAAUCGCGACUCGAAUGGCUUUUCAAAACUAAGCCUAUUGUUAUCGUAUUCUUCUGGCAGCAGACAAUGCGCCUUCCUAUCAAUCUUCACUGCGCGCGGCCCUACUGAGAUUGUGCACGAAUCGACGCGAGGCAGCGAUCAAAAGGCCGCAAUCAGCCAGUCAAAGCCAGGGAACAACCAUUCCUUUUAAUAAGAGGGCAUGUUUCAAAAAUAACAAACAUCAUAAUCGCAUAAACCCAAACAGACACUACCAGGAUUGUGUUUACCAGCUGUCAGUGUGAUUGCAUUCACUGUAGAGGCAUUACGAAACGCGCGAUAUAACGUAGCUCCUCCUACACUGAGCCUACGCACCGAUUUGGGUCUUUGAGAUUCUGCCAGUUCCUGCUACGCGACCGCUGUUCUAUCCCAUUGAAUGCCGAACCGUUACGACAGACCAUCUGCCCCUGGCUAGACGUUGUUUCCUCGGACUUGUGUCCAAGGUCAAUCGCGGGCGAGUUAGCAACUCCCCUCCCAAUAAUAUGGACGAUGGUAAUAUUCGGGGGGGUCUCGGCAGCCUGAACCGAUGGUCACAAUCUACAGCCUCAAGCAAUCUUUCGCCUAACCUCACAAGCCACCGUCGUCAAGAGAGUGCCCCCAGACUAUUUGCUACGGAUGACCAUAUCUCCCAUAGAAAAGGCCCAAGCAUAGAUACUGACUCCGAAGCUCGUUCGACAACCCAAGCCUUCCAUGAAACCAAUCGCGAGGGCCACGCAACAAGGCAUUAUACCCAUCAACCUUCCGCCUCGCUGAGCUUUACUGAAACGACAACUUUGGAACGACCUGAAAUGAUUGUUCUAUCACAAGGCCAAGCGCUCCUACAGCCAGAUGCAUCACCUGGCGAUUCCGCGCCUGUGCAAUAUGAAUCACGAACACAAAGGCGAGCUCCAGAAAAGGAAGCUCUCAGACAGACAGCUACUGAUUAUUCGGCUCAAAUUCUUCCGCGACCGCAGGGUUUGAAUGAUAAGCGGAAACAGGGCGCUUCUCAGAAGGCUAUGCUCUCCAAAGCUCUACAAAAAGCCAAUACCGCCGUGCUUCUUGACAAUGCAGCAAACUUCGAAGGCGCAAUGGAGGCUUACAAUGAUGCCUGCCAGCUUUUACAACUAGUGAUGCUCCGAAGUAAUGGAGGUGAAGAUGAAAAGCUCAAGCUCCAAGAAAUUCGCGACACAUAUAUGAUCCGUGUUACUGAGCUUCAGCGCAUGGACUUUACAUUUCGAAGUUCUGACAGCAAAGCGCUCCCUGAACGCCCCCUUAGCCAAGAAUCGUAUGGUGAUUAUCUCCCCGCUAGCCAGGAUGAUGAGUAUAGCUUUGCCAGUGAUGAUGCUGGUUUCAUGCAACAGGAUUCGGUUGGCUCACACGAAACCACCCUUAAAGGGUCAAAAAAGCUGGUUCAACCUCACAUUCCUCCAAGGCGCCAGUCUUUGUUGCCCUCAGCCCUCGACGAUGGCCUUCACAACCCAGCCUUGUCAUUUAUUGCUAAAAGUCAGAUUGAUAUCUCACGGUCUGUUACACACAGACGCGAGAAUUCUGGAGCAGGACCCGCAUUUCUGGAAGAUCCAAUACUAGAAGAGGAAACCGCUCCUUACAAGUCCAGGCUGUCCGAAUUAUCAAUAUUGAGCAACCAAGACGCUGGCGUUCACGAGUCGACCUCCUGGUUAGAUACUAUCGAUGAGUCCGGUGCUUCUUCGACAUCUUCAAUACAUUCAAAGGCUUCAUCCGUGUACUUGCGCCGCAGAAGAAGCGCUCGUCUUAGUCACGGUACCGAGGCCGAGUUUGAUGCUGCUCUCGAUGCUGCUGUGGAGGCCGCUUAUGAUGAAGGCUUGGAACCAGCUAGUGGAUCGGAGGAACAAGAUAAUAACGAAGAUAUCUUUGCAAAUGCCCGUCGGAACGUUGAAAUAGCGAAACAGAAAGUGCGGGAAGCUGAGCGAGAAGCUGAGGUGGCGAUGCGAGGAAGGGAACUGCGUCGUGUCCAGGAACAGGAAAUGCUAGCCAAUUUUCAGGACCCCGAGUUGGAUUAUCUCGAUGAAGAGGCAGAGGAAGAGGAGCGUCUGCUAGAGGAGAUGACAAGAGGUUAUGUCAUGGACGACUUCGAAUUUGAUCUCCAGUCAAAGUCAGCACUUCCCCGUCAGUCUACCUCGAGCAGCCUUGCGGGCAAUAAUUGGGAGAGUCACGUUACUAUAAACCCCAUAUCGACAGGCCCCGCACUGCCUCCUCUUGUUGAAGACGACACACUUCCCGCCGAGCAGAGCUCAAUUCAGCCCACUGAGUCAAAUAUCCCCCCAGUCGUACCUCAACCAACCUCGAGACCAAGACCCGGAUCAGGCGUACGGGCACGAAGAAUGUCUGGCCAGACCAGUGUGGAGUUGAAGAUCGAAAUCAGUAGACGCUCGAGGUCCGGGUCAACCAAUCCGGAGCUCUCUCAAACACAGGAUUUACAAACAGCCCGACCUCCCGCGCCUUUCGAAAAGAAUGAGAAUUCAAAGGGCCUCGCUGUCCAACCGAACAAUAUUCCUAUCACCAUCCCCUCGACAGCACGCCAGGCCGUGCGAAAUGUGUCUAUCAGUUCUAUCAACGAGGAUAUCCCGCAAAAUUUGAGUCUUGCUAGAGAAAUAACUGCAGUGGAAGAAGAGGAUGAUGGCACGAGAGCUUCUAAGAUGCUUUCACCUUCCCGUCCACCGAUCGGUAAGGUGCCCUCAGCCCCAGAUAACCUAGGCAGGCCGCAUCCUGCCACUCUACCGUUUCGAGCGAGAAAUGUAUCGGUGCCUAAUCCCGAUAUUUCUACCGAGUCUCCGGCAACGCCGUCAAGCCAUGCAUUUCCCACACUAGAUCUCCACAGGGGCAUUGCCGCCGCUUCGAUCAAUGCUUUGCCUACACCAAUCGCUGCCAACUUCGGCUCGAGCAACUUGCCAAGCGAUGGCCUCUAUCUGUUCGAUAGCUAUAUUCACUCGCCCACAAGCCCAGGAUCUCCUAAUCCGCUUGCACCUGACUCUCCACUCCCGCUAGAGCCAUGUCCUGAAUCCUUUCUCUUGCGUCCCUUCUGGCUCAUGCGAUGCAUUUAUCAAACUAUCGCUCAUCCUCGCGGCGGGUACCUGUCCACAAAACUGUUUGUUCCGCGUGAUGUGUGGCGCGUAAAGAAUGUUAAGAUCAAAGCAAUUGAGGAGAAAGUGUCAAAUUGUGACCUGUUAACAGCAGCAUUACUCAAACUAGCCAAGGUCGACACGUAUGACGCUGAUGCUGUCUUGGAGGAGAUGCAGACAUUUGAGAGUGUCCUUGAUCAGGUGCAAAUGUCGUUAUCAAAGAAGAUGGGCAGUGAAGUUGGUGUGCAGGGUGCCAUGCCGCUUUUCAAAGCCGCACAGGCUCUUGACGAUGCUGCCGCUAUUGAUACACUGCCUCCAAGAGCCUCGAAUGGACCUGGCAAGUCGUACUUGAGCUCUUGGCGGAAAUUACGGUCAAAGAAUUCUGGAUUCGGCGCGGCACCUCUAGCUGGCCCGAAAGAAGCAACCAAAGACCACCUGACGAUAAGCUCACUUCCAAUGACAUCAGUAACGAACAAUCAGCCUGCCAAGCGGGAUGUCACCCAACUACAAUUCAGUGGCCCAAAUGCAAACUAUAUGAGUGCCCUAGCCCGCCUCUGUGAUGCUGCCCAGGUCUUAGAUCAAAUUGCGCAGCAGGUUGAAGAUCCAGGUUUGAGGCACUCGUCACAAACUCUUGUUGGGCUAGAGCUUAGCACGCGUCAUGCCGCUGAGUUCUUCGGCUUUUAUAUCUGCCGCUUUGCGCUGAAUGACAUUGGCAUGAUGCUUGACAAAUUUAUCAAGAGAGGCAGCGAAUGGGUUCUGCUCUAACUCGGCAUCGUGUCACUAUUCGACAACAUACUCGUCUUUCGCCCCUCUCCUUGCCUUACGCACAGUGCUAUUUCCUGCACGGUGCAAUUUCACCUCGUGGUUUAGCGUUUCCCUGCGAUUCGAAUAACGACAAGAUAACCCCUUUUGCGUUUCCAAGGGGUUUUUACCCAGAUAUUGCUUUGUCUUUUGGCAUGUAUAUAAACCAUAGCAUGUAUAUGCGUAUAUGGACAUGACCUAAAUAUAUAUAUGUAUAAUCUCGAGGCGAUCUCCCUCCCUGAUGCAGCCCUAUAUACAAGAAGAUGAUAAUCUGGCAAUUGGCAGGCUUAAGGGAAAAGGGCGGUCAUCGAACCAUCAUUAGUCCACGAUUUUUAUCAAAUAUGCAUAACGCCGUAGCUGUUGCUUUAGUGGACCUGAGUUCGCGAGAAAUUCAUCCAGAGAAGCUCAACUUACUUUAGAGUGGUCUUGCCGCCCGUGCGCUCUUUCAAGAAGAAAGGAACAUAGCGGACCUAAUUGAUUCUUGCACUUACGUCCUCUUGCCUGCAGAUCUGAGGCAAAUCUGGCGUCGCCUCUCCGCGUCGCGGAGAAUCUCCGCGGAUAGCUUGAGGCUUGGUGCAAGGUGGGCAUAUCUGUCGACCUCUGUGAUGACGCUUGAUAUAACACCAUCCACCCGAAAUGUAGAAGGAAGCAGAGCUGAAAGAGCAGGCGACAUAGUCGCACCCAUGAUAAGUAAAGAUUGCGAGACCAUCGACAAAGCACCCUGCCACAAAUAGGGAAGGUGCCCCUCACGGUGGCUGGUAAUGUUCUCUAGCUGGUAGAAGGUAGCCUCGAGGCAUCGGCGGCAGCAUUCCCUCACCCACGAAUCGGUAGAUGUCUGCUCGUUCUCGAAGACGGCGAGGAUAUAUGGGCGAUAAAUGAUUGUUCGACAGGCAAAGUAGCGGAGCCGGAGGACGGUCUGAACGGGGUUUGAGAUGGGGGCGUGGGAGAGGGGAAACCGAACGGGUUGGGGAAGGCCCUCGUACCACUGGGAUAAUUGAAAAUCUAGUUCCGAGACGAUGGGGCCUAAGGAGGCGAGAGUGAGGGUACUGUCUUUCUGGUAGAUCAUGUGGCUGACUCGGUUGAGAAGUCUGCGGAGGGCGAUUUCGGCCAAAAAGUACCAGAGUUCGUCGCGACCAACAGAUUUGAUAUGUUUGAGAGUAGGGCUCUCGCUAACUUCUUCCUCGUCCUCGUCGUCGUCAUCAUCAUCCUCAUCAAACCCACCCGGGAGAUCGACGAGCUCCUCAAAGUUCACAAUCCCAGAGUGUGGUAGAUCCAGCUCUGCAAGCAUAUCACUCUCGUAAAGCAGGGCGUUCCAGUAAACUCGCACACUCAGCUCCCUCCACUGCACGGGGACGCGAGAAGGGUUCCCGAAUAGCAGCUGUAGCUUCAUGCUAGCAUUUGAGAGCAAUGUCCAGGCCUCGAGCGGCCGAACCAAGUAGAAUAGGUAAGCGGCGGCAAGAAUAAUGCAUUGAGCGGAAACGACCGAGUUCCGCAUCAUGACAGACGGUAGAAGAUUCCAUGCUGCCAUAAAAAAUGAUAAUCCCGGAGGGUCCCUGUCAGUGGACAGCAAAGCGAUGCUGCCAUAUUGCGUGGCGCAGCCCAGAGCCAAAACUAGAAGCACGACACAGCUCUCGGGGCCUUCUCGAAAGCCAACGGAAACGGCGGCGUUGUAGUAUCGUGGCCAGGUGAAUGGGUUAACACAAGCGUACCAAACAUUAACUCGCUCGAAGAAGGCUUCAACAUAGGUGGAUGCGCCGGAUAAAUCGAAGGGCAUUGGAGGAGUCAUUCGAAGCGGCUCACGGGCCAUUUCGAGCUGCAGCAGUGUCUGGGGGUCAUAUGGGCGAGAGACAAGGUCUCGAAUCAAGGGCCAAUUCAAGAGAUUCAGGGCUGGCGUCGUGUGUACCUUGGGCAUCGUGGAUAUGCUUGUCGGCGGGUUUGCCCAAGAGCCAAGUCCAACAAUAGUGGUAGUCUUCCCCGGAACCGAGAGGGUAUUCGAAGACUUGGCCGCCGCGUCAUCGCUGCCAAGAUUUGUGUCGUUACUGGUGGUGGGAGAUGUUGAGGAGAGCUGAAAGUGAGUAUUAUGUGCGGCCAAGCUGGACUGCAGCAAUCCUUCAAUUCUAGUGAGUCUUUCAAUGAUCAACUUAUCACCGGCAUCUAGCUUGAUACCCGGUUCUCUAUAGACGCAUUCCGCAUCUAGAUCUGUGCAGAGCUGACAUUUUGGCCGAGCUCCAUUGCACCUUGUUUUUCGUAAACGACAUAUUUGACACUGAGACGCGAAACCUUAGCGUUUAGAUCUUCUUGAGGGCCGUAACGGUUGGCAGAGGACAAGGAGAAUAGAGGCAUUGUAAGGAGAGAGAGGCAGAGAAAUGCGAACGACGAGAAUGGAUUAUAGAAGAUACAUACCGCUAUUGUAGCGCGCCUCCUGGGAUAUUCUGCAAUCUCGGAACUUGAGCGCUUCUUGUUGCCCGCUAACUCAUUUGAGAGGGUCGAGCCGGACUCGAUGAGCCCUUCCUUGUCCCUCUCGGGUGAAGUAGACAUUGUUUCAGGUUGAAACUGGUUCACAUGGAUAUCACCCCAGGCAGGAGACGGAUCUAUAAUGUCUCGAACGACACGGCCGCUUUCACGUAUUGCCAAGAUCAGCACACUGUCUAUGAAUGAGGAAUUGUUCCAAUACGUGGUUUGCGGCUUGCGUACCCUAGGCAUUUUUUGAGCUGGGGGCGCGUCAGGUGUUCCAGAGGAAAAGCAGCAAAUGUCGGGUACUCGAGGGCCCUUUGCACCAGAGCUCGUCAAUUGUGGUGUCCUCAAUAGUGGCAUGAAUGUGAGCGGCCAGCCGACAUGAUUCUUAUAUGAGGAAGCGAUAUGGAGGAGUUCCUCUGAAACCAGCGGAGGGUGGUCUAAGACGUUCGACGAGGUAGAUAUACCCUCAAAGAUCACCGCCGCAGUGUCAAUCCGAAAAGGCGCUCGGAUGCUGGGUUCUCAUCGUCUCAUCUUUUUUUUUUGUUCUUAAACUGGCCUGCGUUGGUCUCUUCAGGGAGCGGGGAAGCGACCAG